AUGAUGGGAAGCGGUGCGCUUUCUCCGGAGGCUCGUCUAUUUCCUAAAAUGCUCGAAAAAAUUACUCUUCGCGACGCCGCGGCCCCUUCAGAGCCUUCUAUUGCCACCUGCUAUUUCUGAAAAUUGUUUUUUCCCUCAGUGGUUUUCACCGUCCAAUCAGCGUCCAGAGCCCGCCCGGUUGCCUAGCGUUGCGAGCAAGCGGGAAGUAUGGCGGCGGCACCAGCGGCGGCGGCGAAAACGGAGGCGGCUAAGCCAGCCAUGGGCGUCAGGGAAGGUUCAUUAAUUAAUUGGUCAGGCCAGGGUUUACAGAAAUUGGGUUCAACUUUGGCUUGUGAUGCAGAUACACAUACUUUGAUUUUGGAUAAAAACCAGCUAAUUAAAUUGGAGCACUUGGAGAGCUUCAAGAACCUGAUGCAGUUGUCAGUAGCCAACAAUCGGUUGGUGCGGAUGAUGGGUGUAGCAAAGCUGACUCAGCUUCGAGUAUUAAACUUGCCUCACAACAGUAUUGGCUGUGUAGAGGGACUGAAGGAUCUGGUGCAUUUGGAAUGGCUGAACCUGGCCGGAAAUAACUUGAAGACUAUAGACCAGAUCAAUACCUGCACAUCUCUUCAACAUCUUGAUUUGUCGGACAACAAUAUAUCCCAGAUAGGAGAUAUCUCCAAGCUAUUAUUGUUAAAGACUCUGUUAUUGCAUGGAAAUAUCAUAACAUCCUUGCGUACAGCACCUGCUUGCUUGCCUCAAAGCCUGGGUAUUCUUUCAUUGGCAGAAAAUGAAAUCAGAGACUUGAAUGAGAUUUCAUUCUUGGCUUCCUUUACUGAGCUAGAGCAACUGUCAAUAAUGAACAAUCCCUGUGUGAUGGCCACACCUUCCAUCCCAGGAUUUGAUUAUAGGCCAUAUAUUGUCAGUUGGUGCCUCAAUCUUAAAGUCCUUGAUGGCUAUGUGAUAUCUCAGAAAGAAAGCUUGAAAGCAGAAUGGCUUUACAGUCAAGGAAAGGGAAGAUCGUUUCGGCCAGGCCAGCACAUUCAAUUAGUACAGUAUCUUGCCAGUGUUUGUCCUCUUACUAGUAUGUUUGGGCUCCAAACUGCAGAGGAUGCUAAACUGGAAAAAAUACUACAUAAGCAAAGGUUGCACCAGAGGCAACUGAUGUACCAAAGCCAAGCUGAUGAGCCACCUGUAUCUUCAACUUUGCAUAAAGGGCAGCCUGCUACCAGUGAGCCAAACAGCCCUGUUCACAGGCCACAAAUAAUGACUGAAAGUGAACCUGUUAUCAAAAAGAAUACAUGGGUGGCAACAAAGUCAAAUGAUGAUCAUUCCUAUGCAGUUAAAAAUGUUUUCCCCUCAUCACAGCAAACUGAAAUAAGUAUUUCUAGAGAUCUCUACCUGGAUGACAUGCAAACUGACGAGGACAAGUUGAACAGUAGUCUUUUAUCCUCAGAGUCUACUUUUAUGCCUGUUGCGUCUGGCCUCUCCCCAGUGUCUCCUACUACUGCAGAACUGAGACUACACAGAAUUAAUAUGGAGACAGAAGGUAUGGAGGAUGCUGACUUUGAAUUUAUAAAAGAGGUUAAUAAAAAGGGAACGCAGGAGAUGACUUCUGUGAUUCUUGGGGAAUGUGCCAUCAAAUCAGCAGAGGCUGUGGAAACUCAAAAGGAAGAUCAAGAGGAAGGACUAUCGUCCACUUCUAGUUUGUCAGCAGCCACCGCUACUCUUUCUGCUAGCAUUAGCAGUUGUCAAGUAUCCUCUGAAGACCAUGUUGAGCACAGUGAGCUCAAGCGAUCACAUACUCCAGAAGAGGGUGUUAUCAAAACUGUUUUCCCUGCCAAAUAUCCAGAAGAAUUGCCUCCUAGUGCAACUGCUACUUUAAUCCAAAAGUCAGAUAUGCUUGAAGAAAUGAACAAAGCAGCCACCAAGAUUCAAGCCUGUUGGAGAGGAUUUUACACAAGGAACUACCAUCCCAGAGCCAAGGAAGUGCGUUAUGAAAUUCGACUUGGUAGAAUGCAGGAACACAUUAUACAUUUAACUGAAGAAGUAGACAAAUUAAGAAAGGAAAAAGAUGAGGAGAAACUUCAAAGACUUGUGCAAGAGGAAGCUGUAAAAUUCCUUUGGGACCAGGUUAGAUGCAUCCAGGAGUGGCAACUUUCAGUGAACUCACAUCUCACUACUUUCCGGCAGCAUAAUACUCCUUCAUCAAGCAUUUUGGGUCCCUUCAAGGUCCAUAUAGACUCGCCUGGUCGAAACCAAGUACCUUCUCCUGUCGGCAGUUCAACCUGGUUCGUUUCAGCUACUGAGGCUUGUCAUCAGAAAUGCUUGCCAGAAUUUCCUGACUCGGGAUUCCAUUCCUGUGUGACUGACCAGAACUGCCUUCAUGAAUCUCAGCGCUGUGGAGAAAACAUGGCAGAAGUAAAUGGUGAUGGCUCUCUAGAGAAUUCUUUCAAAACAGUCAAACCAUGUGAAGAUUCGCUUUCCGAGUGCCCUGCAGCAGCUGAGGAGAUUGAACUGGACCACGAGGAAUGUUGUAAAGAGAGUUUCAACAGUGAGCAAGACAGCAGUAGUUUUAUCCAGCAGUAUUUAAAAUCGGUUGAGCAGCUAGAUAAUGAUGACAAGACAAGUUGCAGCAAUGGAACAGGCAGUUGUAGGCCGAAUACAGCUGCCUCAUCAGAAGACCCGGAUGUGUUAUGCAAUGCUACAUCAGGCUCCCAAGAGGUGCUUGCAUCGGGACAAGGUGGAACUGGUCAGCCAGAAAUCUGCAAUUUGAAUGCAGAAAGGGCAGAAGGAAAACAGACAGACUGUGACUCUUUCCAGGCACUUCCUGUUAGCAUAACUGUGUAGCAGGUAUUCCGUUAGAAAAGCCACAUUAAUAUGUUUUUGUUAUUGUUGUUUGUAUGAGAUUUUUAUACAUUUUUGGAGACUUGUGCUCCUGUGCUGUUAAAGCAUCUUAGGUUGUGAAUAGUUUUGCUAAUAAUCUAACCUCUGACUGACACUGUGUUAAUCUGUAACAAGUAUGUUUCACUACAGUGGACAUGAUGCACUUAACUUUUUAUGUGAUCUGAACAGGUUUUUAUGAAAUAUAAUUUUGAAGACUCUAACUACUUUUCUUAUUACCUUACUACAUGAACUAAGCAGUUCUCUUUCCCCAAAAUACUAAGCAUACAUGUGUGUUAUUAUCUUCAUUUUAAUAAACCAAUGGGAGUAAUUGAAAUAGUUA